UUCCCCCAGCUGCACACACCGUUGCAACUCAGGACCCCAGAUUUGACCCCAUUUCCUGCUGGCGUCGGGCAGAGGGAAGACAGGUUUUUCCUCCAUCACCCGGCCAGGUUACUGUCUCUAAGGUUGUCCCACAUCCAGGAAUCCCCCAGCUUUAGGGGGACCCAUCUCAGUCGGUACGGUCUCCUGAGGAACUACACUUCCCAGCAAGCGCCAGCGGGGCAACCACGACUCCCAGAGUUCCUUUAGGCUCUGGCAUUAACCCCUCGGUGACUGCACAGUGCCUGCGAUCCGCACUGAGCGCAGGUAGAGGCGUGGAGACACAGUGAGAUUCUUUCAAACUGUGGAAGGCCGCAAGAAAAAAGACAAGGGCACAGCCACUCCCACAGAAUGCCGGAGGGCCCUGAGCUGCAUCUGGCCAGUCACUUUGUGAAUGAAGCAUGCAGAGGGCUGGUGUUUGGUGGGUGUGUGGAGAAGUCUUCUGUCAGCCGCAACCCUGAGGUGCCCUUUGAGAGCAGUGCCUAUCAUAUCUCCGCCUCAGCCCGGGGCAAAGAGCUGCGCCUGACACUGAGUCCCCUGCCUGGGGCCCAGCCCCCACAGGAGCCGCUGGCCCUCAUCUUCCGCUUUGGCAUGUCUGGCUCCUUCCAGUUGGCACCUGCUGAUGCACUGCCACCCCAUGCCCAUCUGCGCUUUUACACAGCUCCACCUGCUCCGCGGCUGGCUCUGUGCUUCGUGGACAUCCGCCGAUUUGGCCACUGGGACCCUGGGGGCAAGUGGCAGCCAGGUCGUGGGCCCUGUGUCUUGCUGGAAUAUGAACAGUUCAGGGAGAAUGUGCUACGAAACCUAUCAGACAAGGCCUUUGACCGGCCCAUCUGCGAGGCCCUCCUGGACCAGAGGUUCUUCAAUGGCAUUGGCAACUAUCUCCGGGCAGAGAUCCUGUACCGGCUGAAGAUCCCUCCCUUUGAGAAGGCCCGCACUGUGCUAGAGGCCCUGCAGCACCACCGGCCGAGUCCAGAGAUGACCCUGAGCCAGAAGAUCAGAGCCAAGCUGCAAAAUCCAGACCUGCUGGAACUGUGCCAUUCAGUGCCAAAGGAAGUUGUUCAGCUGGGGGGCAAAGGCUACGGGCCGGAGCACGGGGAGGAAGACUUUGCUGCCUUUCGAGCCUGGCUGAGGUGCUAUGGCAUGCCAGGCAUGAGUUCCCUGCGGGAUCGGCAUGGCCGUACCAUCUGGUUCCAGGGUGAUCCUGGACCUCUGGCACCCAAAGGGGGCAAAUCCCGAAAAAAGAAAUCCCAGGAAACACAGCUUCGGCCCAAGGAAAAAUUGGAGGACCUUCCACCUCCAAACAAGGCCCCUUCCAGAACACCAAGGGCUAGGAGACACCUUCCCAAGAAGACUGCAAUACAGCAGCCUGAGGGGACCAGCCUCCAACAGGACUUGAAAGCUCCCACAGUCCCUGAGAAAGGGAGGAGGAAGGGGAAACAGGCAACCACAGAGCGCCGUGGACCCUGGAAAAAUAAGGCUGACAAUCCAUCCAAGGGAUCUGGGAGAACCUCAGCCUCUUAGCAAGAGACUUGUGUUGCUUGCAUCACCCUUUCCUUGCCAAUAAUCUGGAGGCCCAUCUGAAUUCCCUAAGUAUUCGAAGGGCUUUAUGCCCCAAGCCUGUGGCUGUUCCCUACACAACUGAUAUUUUUCAUUGUACGUCACCUUCCACAUUUUUUUUUUUAGUUGUAGAUGGACACAAAUAAAUAGAUU